GAUGGCAGCUUCCUGUCCCUGUUCUAAGUCAGCGCUCGACUGAGGUUUGGAUCAAAGCGGUAUUUCUGUUAUUACUAUUGGUUUACGCCGCAAAUCACGGGCAUACCUGUAGAGAGAAACGGGAAUACAACAAAACAUGGAGAAGAGUGGGAGCGUCGACAGUCUGGGGUCGAAACAGUCUUCGUCCAGGCAGCCAAGUGUGGAUUCACUAUCCAGUACUUCCACCUCCCGGUCUGACCGAUCGUCGCAUGCCAAAGCCCCGUCUGCACUCUCAUCCGACUCCGUGUCCACUUCCAAUGAGUUCUCGCCGGAGCUGCGGAGCAGAAAUAAAGCAGAUACUAAGGUGCUCAGGGACUCCAAUAAAUUAGCUCAAGAAUCUCAGUUACUUCCAAAGGAGACCGUGCAGGACGUGGCCAAAGAUGUCACUUACAUCUGCCCCUUUAUUGGUGCUAUAAGAGGGACAGUGACCGUCACCAACUACAGGCUGUUCUUCAAAUGCUUGGACAGGGACCCAGCAUUUGUCUUGGACCUCCCCCUAGGCGUAAUCAGUCGCGUGGAGAAGAUUGGUAGCGCGUCGAGCCGUGGUGAGGUGUCCUAUGGACUGGUGUGCAAGGACGUUCGGAAUCUUCGGUUUGCCCAUAAACAACCAGAAGACUCGCUCAAAAAGUCAAUAUUUGAGGUCUUGAUGAAAUAUGCCUUCCCUGUCUCCAAUGGCAUGCAAAUCUUUGCCUUUGAAUAUGGGCAGAUUUUCCCAGAGAACGGUUGGAAAGUGUAUGAUGCCCUCUCAGAAUACAAGAGACAGGGUUUGCCCAAUGAAAGCUGGAGAAUCACAAAGGUGAAUGACCAGUACGAGCUGUGUGACACCUACCCUGCCACUCUGGUGGUGCCCGUCAACAUUCCUGACGAGGAGCUGAAGAAAGUGGCAGCCUUCAGAGCCAAGGGCAGGAUACCGGUGCUUUCGUGGAUCCACCCGGAGAGCCAGGCCACAGUGACACGUUGCAGCCAGCCCAUGGUGGGGGUCAACGGGAAGCGCAGCAAGGAGGACGAGAAGUACCUGCAGGCCAUCAUGGAUGCUAAUGCCCAGUCCCACAAACUCUUCAUCUUUGACGCGCGACCUAGCGUGAAUGCUGCAGCGAACAAGAUGAAAGGGGGCGGGUACGAAAGCGAGGAUGCCUAUCAAAAUGCAGAGCUUGUGUUCCUGGACAUCCACAACAUCCAUGUGAUGCGGGAGUCCUUGCGUAAGCUGAAGGAGGUGGUGUACCCCAAUAUUGAAGAGUCCCAUUGGCUGUCCAACCUGGAGUCCACCCACUGGCUGGAACACAUAAAGCUGAUCCUGGCAGGGGCGCUGCGGAUCGCGGAUAAGGUGGAGUCCGGGAAGACGUCGGUGGUGGUGCACUGCAGCGACGGCUGGGAUCGCACGGCGCAGCUCACCUCACUCGCUAUGCUGAUGCUGGACGGCUACUACCGCACCAUCCGCGGCUUCCAGGUCCUCCUGGAGAAGGAGUGGCUGAGUUUCGGGCACCGUUUCCAGCUGAGGAUCGGUCAUGGGGAUAAGAACCACACGGACGCAGACCGCUCGCCUGUCUUUGUGCAGUUCAUUGACUGUGUAUGGCAGAUGACCAGACAGUUCCCUGCAGCUUUCGAGUUCAACGAGUACUUCCUGAUCACCAUCUUGGACCACCUCUUCAGCUGCCUGUUUGGGACCUUCCUGUUCAACAGUGAGCAGCAGCGACUGAAGGAGGAUGUGCCUAAGAAGACCGUCUCCCUGUGGUCAUACAUAAACAGCCAGCUGGACGAUUUCACCAACCCCCUUUACGUAAACUACUCCAACCAUGUGCUGUUUCCCGUGGUUAGCAUGCGGCACCUGGAGCUGUGGGUGGGGUACUACAUCCGCUGGAACCCGCGUAUGAGACCUCAGGAGCCCCUGCACCAGCGUUACAAAGAGCUGCUGGCCAAGCGGGCGGAGCUGCAGAAGAGGGUGGAGGAGCUGCAGCGGGAGGUGACCAAUCGCUCCGUCUCCUCGUCCUCUGAAAGGGCGGGGUCUCCCACACGCUCGAUCACCCCGGUGCAGACCUUUGUGUGACAAGAUAGGACCAAAGGGGAUGGAGGAGGGAGAAGGCGUCCAGGGGACCUUUUUAAACUGCGCCUUGCUCCAACCAGUAGACUGCACUCACUCUGCAACGUGCGAAACUACUCUUCCAGGAGCCCCUCCUUUUUUGGAGAAGGACUCCCGCUGCUGCUGUAAGAGAAGCUGGGCCCACUGCAGCCAGAACCCCAGUCCGCUGUAAUCAGAGCAACCCUGAGGCUCUGUUCCUCGCUGCCGCAAAGCGCCUCAUGCUAUAGCCACGUUACACCCCUGUUUUCCUUUGGGGUGGAAGAGGAAGUGUAGCCUUCUCUCAUCUUCUGCUUUAUCAUGCAGGUAUUAUCAUAUCGGGAAAUAUGCUUCCAUAUAUACAUUAGCAACACAAGUAAUGUUAUUUAUUCUUCCAUAGUAAUACUGGAAGCUGGAACUAAAGGCCCAAUAGCCAAUGCUUAAGAAAUUAUCAGAUGUGUGUAUGUGUGCGUGUGUGUGUGCAUGUGUAUGUGUAUGUUUCUUUUACUCCACAUAUAUAUAUAUGUAAUUACAGGUAAGCAAUGGUUGUCUGAUGGUUUUGGGCUUAAAACACAGACCCUAGUCACAUAUUAGACAGACAGACAUGAAGAAUUCCAACGUAUUUACAGCAUGGACACAUGGCUUUGUGUGCAACUUGGGGGUACAGUAGUCAUUAUUGGUGAGAUAUCUGGAGUUCAGGAAGAGGUGGAGAACCCAAAGAUAUUCUGUUCAUUUGCAAUGUAUCACACUGUCAUUGCUCUGAAGAGGUUUGUCCCUGCAUUCUGAACCAGGAGGUCUGGAGAAGAAUCCCUCUGUGAAGUCACAGGUGGAAGAUGAUGUGUGGCCUUGUGAACAACAGAUCAGAGAAAGCCAUUUUUGCACACUUGCCUUUUAACUGGACCAUAAAGAGAUUGAAUAAUGCUAGGGAUAGCAGCCAUGUAAAUGAAUGUAAAUGUUCUCAUUGUGGAGUAUUUUAGAGGCAAAAAGACUGCAACUCAAGGUGCACAAAACACCAGUAGAGAGACCCAAGCCCAUUGUGAAACAUUGAGACUCUCAUGCUGUAAAACAGCGGCUUAAAUUAGCAGUGUUGUAAUGUUCCCUUUACAAUGUCUCCCCAGUAUGAAUACAAGUUUUAUUUCUGUUGGGUCAGUUGACAACAACAAUGAUUGACUUUUAACUGAGAAUUAUUGACUAAAAACUAUUAGGGGGCAAAACAUGAAAUUGGAUGCCACAUCAUAUAGCCUUUGGCUGCCAUUUUUGAUCGGACACAACCUCCCAUAGGUCUGAACAAUAUGUGAAUUGUUAAUGGUCAUAUCACAAGUCUGUAAACCAUUUUGAAAAGGCUGAAAUUUUUGGCCCAUGCCAUCUUCUUUAAUGUAAUAUAUUUAAAUAAUGAAUUUAGUAAAAACUUGUUCAAAGAUUUUGACUACCAAAAAUCAGGCCAUUCCAACCAGCUGUUUAGAGAUGAUGUUUAUGUUUACAUGUAAUUUAAAAGAUUCAGUGGCCUGUAACAGCCAUAUUUCCUAGCAUAAUACCACAUUUAGAGCUGUGUUAGGGCAGAAUGAGUACCAAAAUUCAAAAUUCAUAAAGGGCUAUCACUCUAGACAUUGUAUACAUGUUACACAUAAACAGCAAAACUGACAUUAUGAUGGCCAAAUCAGUUUAAUGCACAAGGUAUCUUAACAAAUUUUAAAAUUAAUCAGUAGGUCAGAUGCUAUAGGGCAUUUUUCAAAUGUGGUGUCAGAAAUCCAGUUGGUUAACAUAACAUUCUUUGUAUUGAGAGGGAUAUAUGACCACCAUU